AAAAUGAGUAGCACUUUGAAGUUGGAGAAUACCGCUCGUCGUGAUACUUUGAUCGAAAUCGAGAAAAAGUACCAAAAGUACUGGGCGGAAGAAAAGUUCUUCGAAGUCGAUGCCCCAACUUUUGAAGAAGACCCUACUGAUGAUGCUGAAGAAUUACGUGAAAAGUACCCAAAGUACUUCGCCACCAUGGCUUACCCAUACAUGAACGGUGUCUUGCACGCUGGUCACAGUUUCACCUUGUCCAAGGUUGAAUUUGCCACUGGUUUCGAAAGAAUGAACGGUAAGAGAGCCUUGUUCCCAUUGGGUUUCCAUUGUACUGGUAUGCCAAUCAAGUCCGCUGCCGACAAGAUUAAGCGUGAAGUCGAACUUUUUGGUGCUGACUUCUCCGGUGUUCCAGCUGAAGAAGAAGAAGAAGCUACCCCAGCUCCAGCCGCCCCAGCUGCCAAGAGAGAAGAUGUCACCAAGUUCAGUGCUAAGAAGUCCAAGGCCGUUGCCAAGCAAGGUAGAGGUAAGUACCAACAUGAAAUCAUGUUGCAACUUGGAAUUCCAAAGAAUGAAGUGGCCAAGUUUGCUGACCCAGACCAUUGGUUGAGAUUCUUCCCUCAAUUGGUUGAAAAGCAUGUCACUGAGUUUGGUGGUAGAGUUGAUUGGAGAAGAUCCAUGGUCACCACCCCAGCUAACCCAUACUAUGAUGCCUUUGUCAGAUGGCAAAUCAACCGUUUGAGAGACUGUGGUAAGAUUAAGUUCGGUGAAAGAUACACCAUCUACUCUGAAAAGGAUGGUCAAGCUUGUUUGGAUCACGAUAGAUCUUCUGGUGAAGGUGUCAACCCUCAAGAAUACACCGGUAUUAAGAUCAGAGUCACUGAAUUUGCUGAAGGUGCCGCUGCUUCUUUAAAGGAAAGUGGUUUCGACGUUGCCGGUAAGAACAUUUUUGUUGUUGCUGCCACCUUGAGACCAGAAACCAUGUACGGUCAAACCUGUUGUUUUGUCUCCCCAAAGAUUGAAUACGGUUUAUUCGACGCUGGUGAAGGUAACUACUACAUCUGUACUGAAAGAGCCUUCAAGAACAUGUCUUACCAAAAGUUGUCCCCAACUAGAGGUGACUACAAGAGUGUUGCCGUCAUCAAUGGUGUUGACUUGGUUGGUUCCAAGAUCGAUGCUCCAUUGGCUAAGUUGAAGAACUUACGUAUCUUGCCUAUGGAAACCGUCUUGGCUACCAAGGGUACUGGUAUCGUCACUUGUGUUCCAUCCGAUUCCCCAGAUGAUUUCAUCACCACCAAGGAAUUGGCCAACAAGCCUGAAUACUACAAGAUUCAAAAGGAAUGGGUUCAAGAAGAAAUCGUUCCUAUCAUCAGAACUACCAAGUUUGGUGACAAGUGUGCCGAAUUCCUUGUUAAGGAAUUGAAGAUUCAAUCUCCAAAGGAUUCUGUUCAAUUGGCUCUUGCCAAGGAACAAGCCUACAAGGAAGGUUUCUACAACGGUACCCUUAUCGAAGGUAAGUAUGCUGGAGACAAGGUUGAAGUCGCCAAGCCAAAGGUCAAGGCUGACUUGAUUGCCACUGGUGAUGCCUUUGUCUACUACGAACCAGAAUCCGUUGUUAUUUCUCGUUCUGGUGACGACUGUAUUGUUUCAUUGGAAGAUCAAUGGUACAUCGAUUACGGUGAAGAAUCCUGGAAGGCUGAAGCCUUGGAUUGUUUGGAACAUAUGCAAACUUUCUCUAAGGAAACCAGACAUGGUUUCGAAGGUGUUUUGGACUGGUUGAAGAACUGGGCUGUCACCAGAAACUUCGGUUUGGGUACCAGAUUGCCAUGGGAUGACCGUUACUUGGUCGAAUCUCUUUCUGAUUCUACUGUGUACAUGGCCUACUACACCAUUGCCCGUUUCAUGCACUCUGACUACUACGGUGCUAAGCCAGGUAAGUUUGACAUUAAGGUUGAACUGUUCACCGAUGAAGUCUUUGAUUACAUUUUCUCCCGUAGAGAAAACAUCAAGACUGAUAUUCCUAUUGAACAAUUGAAGGAAAUGAGAAGAGAAUUCGAAUACUUCUACCCAUUGGACGUCAGAGUCUCCGGUAAGGAUUUGAUUCCUAACCAUUUGACUUUCUUCAUCUACUCCCACGUUACCUUAUUCCCACGUAAGCAAUGGCCAAAGGGUAUUCGUGCCAAUGGUCACUUGAUGUUGAACAACGCCAAGAUGGCAAAGUCAACUGGUAACUUCAUGACCUUGGAACAAAUUGUUGAAAAGUUUGGUGCCGAUGCUUCUCGUAUUGCCUUGGCCGAUGCUGGUGACUCUGUUGAAGAUGCUAACUUCGAUGAACAAAACGCCAAUGCUGCCAUUUUGCGUUUAACUACUUUGAAGGAAUGGUGUGAGGAAAUCGUUAACGCUAAGGACCAAUUGAAGACUGGUGAAUUUGACUUCUUCGACCAAGCAUUCGACAACGAAAUGAAUGAAUUGAUUGAAAAGACUUACGAACAAUUCAGUGCCACCAACUACAAGGCUGGUUUGAAGGUUGGUUUGUUCGACUACCAAGCUGCUAGAGAUUUCUACAGAGACUCUGUUGAUGCUAUGCACCAUGACUUAGUCUUGAAGUAUAUUGAAACCCAAGCUUUGAUGUUAGCACCAGUUGCUCCUCAUUUCGCUGAAUACAUUUACAAGGAAGUUCUUGGUAAAGAAGGUUCUGUUCAAAACGCCAAGUUCCCAAGAGCCAGCGCUCCAAUUUCCAAGACUAUUUCUGACUCCUUAGAAUACGUUAGAGGAUUAUCUCGUUCUAUUCGUGAAGGUGAAGGUAAUGUUUUAAAGAAGAAGAAGGGUAAGCCAUCUGAAGUUGACCAAACCAAGCCAACCAAGUUGACUGUCUUCAUUUCUUCCUCCUUCCCAGAAUGGCAAGACAACUACAUUUCUCUUGUCAGAGAAUUGUUUGAAAAGCAAUCUUUGAACGACAACAAGUUGAUCAAGGAAAGAACCGGUAAGGACAUGAAGCGUGCCAUGCCCUUCAUUGCUGCCUUGAAGCAAAGACUUUCUGUCGAAGAUCCACAAACUGUUUUCAACAGAGAGUUGACCUUCAAUGAAGUUGACGUUGUUAAGUCCGUCAUGAAGAACAUCAAGAAAUCUCCAGCUGCUGUUGUUGUACAAGAAGUUGAAGCUAUCAGUUUCGAAAACGGAUCUAAGACCGGUAAGAACAUUCUCACUGGAGAGGAAGUUGCCAUCACCAUCUCCGGUAAGAUUGUGGACUCUGCCGUUCCAGGUGAGCCAGGUAUCAUGAUUACUAACAUUUAAGUAGAUGUUUAUAAUGGCGGAAGUCAACGAGUUAAUUGUUAUAGUU